UUUUUUUUUCAUUUCUACAUUUACAUGUUCAAGUACUUACUAAGUUGAUACACGUGUGUGUGAUCAUGAGAAUGCUUUGAAAUGUCUUGCUAAGUUGUUUGCAUGUUGUUUUAUAGGUGAAUUUCUUUUUGUAGGUAUUAUAUGAUAUGUCAAUUUAGAUAAUUUGAAAUGGAGAAUUAGUGAGUUUGGUAUAUUGAAGUCAUUAUUUAAUGGAAAAAUGUUUUCUUUGCUGUUCAGUUGGUGAGGUAAAAUUUUUUUUUUCGAAGAAAUAUAUAUUAAAAGUUAAAAAGUAUAUUAACAAACUGAAAGAGUCUUUUGGCAAAAAAUUUGAGUACUAGAGAUUAGUAAUUUAGUAAUGCCUAAGUGUUAGUUAGAGCAAGUAUUAUGUUGUUAAAAGUUGAGAUAAUUGUAAGCAAAAUGACUUUUGUGCUCAAGUGAUGGAAGUUUUUAUCUUUCUCAAAUAAAAAUGAAAACUUAUAUUUUGUGGAUAGACAAUAAUUUUCCUCUGUUGGGCAUAAUGAUGACCAAAUAUGAACAAACAUGUUUCAGGCACAAGGUUGAGUACUUGGAUUGAGGGUACACACUUUACCUCAAUGGUUAUUGACCUUGAGCAUCCAUCAGGCGAUAAUCACAGGGAGAAAGAAGUCUGUGGGCCCCAUACACGUGUAAGAGGAGAAAUCUGCGGUACAGAUGGAGCUACUGUCAGUGCUUUGAAGAGUGUUUGCCUGGACAUAGAGAAUGCAGGAACUAGUUGGAAUGAAAGAACAUCUAAUGGUGCACAUGUACUGUCAAAUGCAGAUUCUUUGGCUGUGAGUUGCUAUAGGAACUUGGAGCCUCAUGAUGGUAUGGAAUUCGACUCGAAGGAGGAUGCAUUUUCAUUUUACAAAGAAUAUGCUAAGUCCGUCGGAUUUUCCUCAAUAAUAAAGGCUAGCCGUCGAUCAAGAAUUUCUGGAAAAUUUAUUGAUGCAAAAUUUGUUUGCACUAGAUAUGGAAGUAAGCGAGAACCUUGUACUUCUGGUGUAGAACCUCUUCCAAGUGCCGAUGCAAUAGGAAGUAGUCCUGUGAGGAGAAAAAAAGGUAGAAUAAACAGGUCUUGGUCAAAAACAGAUUGUAAGGCUUGUUUGCAUGUAAAGAGAAGGUCUGAUGAAAGGUGGGUUAUUCGUACUUUUGUCAAAGAGCAUAAUCAUGAAACAUUUCCAGAUUGGACCAGCAACCUUCCAGGUCACAGGAACAUUGAUCUGGGUAAGAAUGGUGCAGAUGCAUUUCAUGCUACCCAUGGUAGGACGAAAAAGACUUGUGUGUCGAUAUCUAGGUAUUCUGGUGUUAUGAGGAAAGUUGAGAAGCAAAAUAAUGGUGGCACAAAUAGUAGUCCUCAAUCUUUGGCUUUAGAUGAGGAAGAUGCACAAGUUAUUCUUGAACAUUUUCUUUACAUGCAAGAUGAAAAUCCAAACUUCUUUUAUGCAAUGGAUUUGAAUCAAGAGCAACGCUUGAGAAAUGUCUUUUGGGUUGACGCUAAAUGUAGGCUCGACUAUGGUAGCUUCAAUGACGUAGUUCUUUUUGACACUACCUAUAUAACAAACAAAUAUAAGCUACGGUUCGUUCCUUUUAUUGGUGUCAAUCAUCAUUUUCAGUCCAUAUUGCUAGGGUGUGGGCUGAUUGCAGAUGAGAGUAAGUCGACAUUUGUUUGGUUGAUACAAGCAUGGCUUAGGGCAUUGGGUGGACAAGUUCCAAAAGUAAUUCUAACUGAUCAAGACAAAACAUUGAAAGAAGCUGUUGCUGAGGUUUUACCAGAUUCACGCCAUUGCUUUUGUUUGUGGCACGUACUGAGUAAGAUCCAGGAGAAGGUUGGUCAUGUCAUAAGGCAGCAUGAAAGUUUCCUGUCCAAAUUUAAUAAAUGUAUUUUGAGGUCAGCGACCAAUGAAUUGUUUGAAAAGAGGUGGUGUAAGGUGGUUGAUAGAUUUGAUUUGAGGAAUGACUUGUGGAUUAAAUCAUUGUACGAAGAUCGGCUAAGGUGGGUACCAACAUACAUGAAUAAUAUCUUCUUGGCAGGAAUGUCUACGAUGCAACGAGCGGAAAGCGUUAGCUCUCUUCUAGAUAAGUGCAUAUUAUGCAAGACGGCAUUGAAGGAGUUUCUUGACGAGUAUAAAAAACUGCUGCAAGAGAAGUGUCAAGGAGAGGCAAACGCUGAUAUGGAGACAAGGCAUAAACAACCAGGACUGAAAUCUCCCUCCCCUUUCGAAAAGCAGAUGGCAACGUUAUACACUCAUACAAUAUUCAAGAAAUUCCAAGUUGAGGUUUUGGGAGUGGUUGCUUGUCACCCUAAAAAGGAAAGUGAUGAUGGUGAAACUGCCACAUAUAGAGUCCAAGAUUUUGAAGAAAAUCAAGAAUUCAUUGUCGUAUGGAAUGAGAAGACAUCUAAUAAUUCAUGUUCUUGUCAUUUGUUCGAAUACAAUGGAUUCCUUUGUAGACACGUUAUGAUAGUUCUUCAAAUGGCUGGUGUGCAUGACAUUCCCUCUAAAUAUAUUUUAAGACGCUGGACUAAAGGUGCAAAGAGUAAAGAGAAGACGAGACAAACAACUUUGGUUGAUUCCAGGGUUCAACGCUACAAUGAUCUAUGUCAAAUGGCAUUUGAGCUAGGUGAUGAAGGGUCGUUAUCUCAAGAGAGUUAUAGCAUUGUAUUUAGUGUGCUGGAAAAUUUUCUGAGAACAUGUGAGACCGUGAAUGAUCCAAAUUUAAAUGAUUCAGAAUCUUGUUCUUUCCCAAAUCAAUGUCUUAAUGACCUUGAAGUAUUCACAGAUAGUAACAAUCCAAGCAAGAGUAACAGAAAGAACAUAACAAGAAAAGAGAAGGUAUAUAAGGAGCAGAAGAUAAUAUCCAUGGGACAAUCAGGUUUCAGAGAACCGACUGUUGAUUAUCUGUUUGAAUCACAUUCAGCCAUGCAGAUGGUGUGGUGAUUUUAUUUGUAAAUUUUGUCUUAUAUGGCAUGGGGAGAAAACAACAACGGGUGUCUUGGAAUAUAUCUACCACUCCCUUCAUUUCAUUCUAUGUGGCGGUGUUUGACUGGGUUUAACAAGCCAUGAUAUUAUUAUGGCUAUAAAAGAAUUUUAUUUAGGAUAAAAUGGGGAGUUUAAUGUUAAUUUUUUUCCAAAUAUAGAAAAAUUGUCAUUCGCUUUUGAACAUAUUAUAAACUAUAAAGGAAAGAGUGUCACAUAAAAUGAAUUAUAGGAGUAUUCGAGUGAUCAUUAGUUUGUGAUACAAAUUCUAUUAUACAUGUAGGGCCAUAUAAAUUCCAGAAUUCCAAUUCCUGAUGGCUACUAUAGUAGCCCCCAAAUGAUUCAAGGAGUGGGACAAUUGAAUACAAAUACCCAAGGCUAUGUCAACCAACUAAACAUGCUGGGGCUGGGACAAUUGAAUACACUUGCUUCAAUUGAAGAUGGCCCCUAUCUCGCUCAACCUAGAUUGCAUGGACUGGGACAAUUGUAUUUUAGGCCUGUAGUUGCUCAAAGUUCUUUUGAGGUUCAGGACUCUCUGCAAGAGUCUACCUUGGCCAAUACACAGAUGUGCUUGGCAUCGGAGAACUUGCACUCCAAGAACUUAUCUUGACAACUGCUGACACUGCAGUUCCUUGACCAACUUCACCGUGGUAGUUUGUACAUAUAUGAGAUCAACAUGUGCAAUGAUUAUUCUGAUGUCUUUUGUUGCUUCCAUUACUUGACAAAGAUGACUGACAUGUAUUAUCUAAUCUGAAGUUUUACAUUGGAAGGGGAAUAGGAAGUUUGGAAGUGUAAAACUCGGUCAGAUCUAAUUUCACUAUUUAAAUACUACUGGUUUGGAAGUAGAAAUUACUUCGAGAUGUCUAAUAUAAAGUCCGCUUCUUUUCUUUUUUGGAAUAUAGGGAGCAUUGUAUCCUCCAUCUAAACCGGACACUUCAAUUGCUAUUUUGUUUUUAAUUGUCACGAAAAAGGUAGGAAUAGUACAAAAACAGCAGGAUAUUGUUACUUACAUUACGUUACAUGACUGGCUAUAGAUUGUUGAUGUACAGAGCUACUCUAAUGCUGCUCAAAAUAGUCCCUCUUCAUGCCUCUUAAGUGAGGAGUUUUCGUGGUAUUGUUCCUUUUCCCUUCUUUACAGUAAUGUUAUCAAGUAUGUAAUUUUAGGAAAGCCAGGUAUUUGAUAUGUAUUACUACCUAGUGCAGGAAGAAACUAACAAAGAGUUGCUGGAGAUGAAGUUACCUCGGUGCUGAAAAUUGAGUACGAGCUGUCGAUCACUGACAAUAUACAUAAGAUCGAUAUUAAUGUACAUAGAUCCAUUGGAGAUGUAACAAUAUUCUAGGCAUCAAGAUUGAUAUUAUGAGAUACAUAUAGACUCGUCUACUCCUUCCCCAAAAUCCUCCAUCAAUAGCCCACCCCUAGAUUGGUCCUGUAAAUAUUUUUGCAUUCGUUGAGCUCCAACUAGAAAUGGUGUAAAACUUAUAGUUUAAAUACAGAUCUUUCACCUC